AGAGACUAGCUAGCUAGCUUGUGCAUUCAUAUCUAAUCUAAAUAUACAUAAACAACAUCGUACAAUGCCAGUCUCUAUCACAUUUUUCGUGUUCUGUUCAUUCAUAGCUUUUAGUAUGGUUUUUGCUAAUGCCGUGACCAGUACGUGUUUAAUUUCCAGUGAACAAGAGAAACAAGCAGCGUCGCAAAGCUUACUAGGCACCUCCACAAUUAUUGCGGCCGAUAGUUCGAAAUCCAGGUCAUCAAGCAAUGACGACGACGACAUUGGCAUAGAAAGGAAUGAUAACGGUAGUGUUGAUGAUCCAGAAAUGGUGGCUUCCAUGGUUGAUAUGAGCAUUCGAAAUAGCACAGAGAGAAGAAAGCUAGGUUUCUUUUCAUGUGGUACUGGAAACCCAAUUGAUGAUUGUUGGCGGUGUGACCUCAGUUGGCAACGCCAUCGCAAGAGACUUGCUGAAUGUGCUAUUGGUUUUGGACGAAACGCAAUAGGUGGUCGUGAUGGUAGGUACUACGUUGUAACCGACCCGAGUGAUGAUGAUGCGGUUAACCCAAAACCAGGAACCCUAAGACACGCGGUAAUCCAAGACAAACCUUUGUGGAUUGUCUUCAAAAGAGACAUGGUUAUUACCUUAAAACAAGAACUCAUCAUGAACAGUUUCAAAACAAUAGAUGCUCGUGGAGUGAAUGUUCAUAUCGCGAAUGGGGCUUGCAUUACCAUCCAAUAUGUUACUAACAUUAUUAUACAUGGUUUGCAUAUUCAUGACUGCAAGCCCACUGGCAAUGCCAUGGUCCGUAGCUCACCAUCUCAUUACGGAUGGAGAACCAUGGCAGAUGGUGAUGGUAUAUCGCUCUUUGGAGCUAGCCAUGUUUGGAUAGAUCAUAAUACUCUAUCUAGCUGUGCCGAUGGCCUAAUUGAUGCCAUUAUGGGUUCAACUGCUAUUACCAUCUCUAAUAAUCUAUUCACCAACCACAAUGAGGUGAUGUUACUCGGUCAUAGUGACUCAUACACACGAGACCAAGUUAUGCAAGUAACGGUUGCAUACAACCAUUUCGGAGAGGGACUUGUUCAGAGAAUGCCAAGGUGUAGGCAUGGGUAUUUCCAUGUUGUAAAUAAUGACUACACACACUGGGAAAUGUAUGCUAUUGGUGGGAGUGCAAACCCCACAAUCAACAGCCAAGGAAACCGAUUCGUUGCUCCUUCUAACCCUGAAGCCAAAGAGGUGACAAAGAGAGUGGUAACAGAUGGGGGGUGGAUGAGUUGGAAUUGGAGAUCAGAUGGAGACCUAAUGUUGAACGGGGCAUAUUUCAGACCAUCGGGUGCAGGGGCUGGAGCUAGUUACGCAAAGGCUUCAAGCUUAAGUGCUCAACCAUCUUCUGUAGUGCCCACUCUUACCUCAGGUGCCGGUGCACUUGUUUGCCGCCGGGGUAAGCAGUGUUAGUCAAAAUCUCCAAUUUGAUACACAAAAAGGAAAUAAUCUUUUAGUUUUAAGUUAACUAGAGUUACAAUUAUUUGAAUUGAUGUAUAUUUCUCAUAUAUCCGGUAUAGACCGCCUUCUCUACACUAAAACUGCACCAACGCUGUAAAUUUAUGCAGUAGUACACACAUAUUCUCUUAAUUUGCAAAUGAUCAAUGCGAAUUGAAUAUGAUGGCAUACUGUCUUAAUUUGUAAUGGUCAAAAGUGUACCAAGUGAAGGUUAACUAGAAGUUUCACUUUCAUUGAGCUA